AUGGCAUUCAACUUCGGGGCGACGGCGGGCGCGGGUGCCGCCAACCCCACCGCCUCUCCUUCAGGUGCAUUUGGAGGAUUUGGGACAACCACCACCACUGCAGCACCAGCCUUUAGCUUUUCUGCUCCCACCAACACAGGCACCACUGGACUUUUUGGUGCUACUCAGAACAAAGGCUUUGGAUUUGGUACUAGUUUUGGCACAGGAACUGGAACUGGCUUGGGUAGUGGGUUGGGAACAGGGCUGGGCUUUGGAGGCUUUGGUACCCAGCAGCAGCAGACCACACUAGGAAGCAGCUUGUUCAGCCAGCCUGCUCAGACACCUGCCCAGUCCAACCAGCUCAUCAAUACAGCCAGUGCCCUCUCAGCUCCCACACUCUUGGGAGAUGAGAGAGAUGCAAUUUUGGCUAAAUGGAACCAGCUUCAGGCCUUCUGGGGAACAGGCAAAGGCUACUUCAACAACAACAUCGCUCCUGUGGAGUUCACGCAGGAGAACCCCUUCUGCAGGUUUAAGGCUGUGGGUUACAGUUUAAUCCCCAACAACAAGGAUGAAGAUGGCCUCGUGGUUUUGGUCUUUAACAGAAAAGAAGCAGAUAUUCGAAGCCAGCAGCAGCAGCUGGUAGAGUCACUACACAAAAUUCUGGGAGGAAACCAGACCCUGACUGUCAACGUGGAAGGUGUCAAAACCUUGCCAGAUGACCAGACAGAAGUGAUCAUUUACGUGGUCGAGCGCUCGCCCAACGGUACUUCAAGGAGAGUCCCUGCAUCCACCCUCCAUGCCCACUUUGAACAAGCCAACAUCAAAUCAUCCCUGCAGCAGCUGGGGGUCAGCUUCUCCAUGGCCAGGACAGAGCUUUCCCCAGCACAGGCCAAGCAGCUCCUGCAGAACCCUCCUGCUGGUGUUGAUCCUAUUAUAUGGGAACAAGCCAAAGUUGAUAAUCCUGAUCCUGACAAGCUGAUUCCUGUGCCAAUGGUGGGUUUUAAGGAACUGUUAAGAAGAUUGAAGGCCCAAGAUCAGAUGACCAAGCAGCAUCAAACUCGACUGGAUAUAAUAUCAGAAGACAUCAGUGAGCUGCAGAAAAACCAAACAACAACCAUGGCAAAGAUUGCACAGUACAAGAGGAAGCUGAUGGCUCUUUCUCACAGAACAUUACAGGUGUUGAUAAAGCAGGAGAUCCAAAGGAAAAGCGGUUAUGCCAUUCAAGCUGAUGAAGAGCAACUUCGUGUACAGCUGGACACCAUUCAGUGUGAACUUAAUGCACCUACUCAGUUCAAGGGCAGGCUGAAUGAGCUGAUGUCCCAGAUCAGGAUGCAGAACCACUUUGGAACAGUGCGGGCUGAGGAGCGCUAUUACGUAGAUGCAGACCUCUUAAGGGAAAUCAAGCAACAUCUGAAGCAGCAGCAAGAAGGCUUGAGUCACCUCAUUAGCAUAAUAAAGGAUGACUUGGAGGACAUCAAACUUAUAGAACAGGGGCUGAAUGAGAGCAUUCCCAUCAGAGGAGGAGUCUUCAGCUGACCUGGUGGAUGCUGCUGGGCUUACACACAACAAUGGUAGUGGAGUUUGUGGGGUCACCUUCCAAGGCUAAAACUGUUGAGGUAAAAUAAAAGACAGAUCUUCUAAGAGCAAUGGUAUUCUGGCUGUUACCUUUAGA